CCCAAACUAUUUAAGAGCCGGCAAUAAUUAUAAAACUAACAUAGUGUCCCUGUAAUUGAAAAGGUCCCAAUUGAAACUCGAAACAUAACGCCCUGAAUAUUAACAAACCAACGAAACUUUCAAAAGACAGUAUACUAUGGAACUGGAAAGAGGAGUUCAGAGGUGGGCAGUUGACAUUUCAAAUUGGGACCCAAAUCCCCAAGACUUUUCCUUUGCUCUCUCUCUUCUUCCUCCCACUUUCAACCACCACACCUCCAUUACCAGAUUUGUACGGCUGGAAGAUAGAAAGAGGGCACUUGUGAGCCGGCUACUUCAGUAUGCUCUUGUACAUCAAGUGUUAGGAAUUCCUUAUGAUGAAAUCGUGAUCAAGCGCACACCGGAAGGAAAACCAUACCUGGAAAAUGGGAAGGUUGGUGAGGAAUUCCCCAAUUUCAACUUUAAUGCAUCACAUCAUGGUGACUAUGUGGCUAUAGCUUCUGAACCUUUAUGCCUUGUGGGGUUGGACAUUGUGUCUCUUGUCAUUCCCUGGAGAGAGACAGUUGAAGAUUUUAUUCGAAGCUUCUCCUCCUAUUUUUCGAGUUUGGAAUGGGAUAAUAUAGUUUCUGCUGGCACUAGUAAUGAUGUUUUGGCUGAGUUUUUCAGAUUUACAGACAAAGAGAUUAGUCAAGUUCAACUAAUGAAUGAUGGUGGUUAUAGAUAUUGGAGUCUGAAAGAAGCGUAUGUCAAAGCAUUAGGAAGUGGAGUAUCAUACGACUUGGAAAAUGUGGAGUUUCAUCACUGUAACUGGAAAAAUAUUUCUGUCAAAAUUUAUGGGAGGGCUAUGCCAGAGUGGAGAUUUUGGCUUUCUGAGCUGGGAAAAGGUCAUCUGGUAGCGGUAGCAAGAGGCCACCCAAGAUUAGCCACUGAGAGUUACAAGAAAACACUAAAAUAUGCAGAGUUUGAUGAAGAGGAAUACCGUAAAGGUCUGCAUCUUCCAAACAUAGAUUUUGUCUAUAGAACUGUUGAAGAAGUCAUUCAAAUUUUAUGUAAAGAAGUUAAGAGCAUACCCAGAAUUCAUAAUGACAAUAAAUUAGAGGAAACGGGUGAUGUACAGUCACCAGCAUAAUUCAUUGUAUAAAAAUGAAUACUUGCAGUAAUCUACUCAGUUGGAACACAAGUUUUGCCUCAAGUAAAAGUAAUAGUUGACCAUGAUUCAUGAGGGUCGACAUUUUCUUA